CUCCCUGAAAGAGGCGGCCGGCCCAGUGGGGUUCUCUCGCCCCCCGCCGCCCCCAAGAAGGAGCCGCCCGGUCUGCAAGGCCAACACUGCGAGCGCUCCUCGAGAGUAGCGCGCGGUCCUUGCGCAAGAGGCAGGACAGGGGCGGGUCUCGGCCUUCCUCCUCCUCCUGCUGCUCCCGGCGCUCCCCGUGAAGAUGGCGGGCAGGGCGGCCUGGGCCUGCCGAGCUUGGCGGCCGCCCCUCCGUCGGCGCCUGGACGGGCCCCCCCGGGCUCUGGCGGGCGCGCCUCCGCGGCGGCUCUUCAGCGGCCCCGCCGUCCAGGUGGAGCUGCAGGAGGGCGCAGGGGUGGCAGUGAUGAAGCUGAAGAGCCCUCCCGUGAACAGCCUCAGCCUGGAGCUGCUCACAGAGUUCACCAUCAGCCUGGAGAAGCUGGAGAAUGACAAGGCCUGUCGAGGCGUCAUCCUGACCUCGGCUGUCCCCCACAUCUUCUCGGCCGGGCUGGACAUCACUGAGAUGCACGGCAAGAGCCCGGAGCAUUAUGCGGAGUUCUGGAAGGCCGUGCAGGAGAUGUGGCUGAAGCUGUACAAGUCCAGUCUGGUGACGGUUGCUGCAAUCAACGGUUCCAGCCCUGCCGGUGGCUGUCUCAUGGCGCUCUCGUGCGAUUACAGGAUCAUGGCCGAGAAUCCCAAAUACAGCAUUGGUCUGAAUGAGACGCAGCUGGGAAUUGUUGCGCCUUUCUGGUUCAAAGACGCGCUGGUGAGCACCAUUGGCCACAGGGCUGCAGAGCAAUCCCUGCAGCUCGGGCUCCUCUACCCUGCCUCGGACGCCCUCAAAGUUGGCCUGGUGGAUCAGUUGGUGCCUGAAGAGAGGCUCCAGAGUGCAGCGACGCAGGUGAUGGCUCAGUGGUUGGCCACUCCAGAUCACGCCCGCCAGAUUACCAAGUCCAUGAUGCGGAAGGAAGUAGUGGAUCGCCUGCUGAAGCAUCGGGACGCCGACAUCCAGAACUUUGUCCAGUUCAUCUCCAGGGACUCCAUCCAGAAGUCCCUCCAGAUGUACAUUGAGAGGCUGAAGCAGAGGAAAACCUAAGCUAAGCCAGGAGCUGGGUGGGGGUGGGGGGUGGGGCAGCUGGCGACGGAUGGCCCAGAAACCUCAGUGCCUCUUUCUGAGCCAAGUGCCUUUGCCGAGGACUUUGGAUCCCAGGUUGGAGGCAGGUCAGGCCUCCAUGUGCCAGGCAGGAAUUUGUCUCCUUUGAACGGGUUAGUUUUACAGAAUGUGAACUGCCGAUAAACAACUUUUUGAACCAGGA